UUGGCUCGGCGCGGCCGGAAGUAGGAGGGCAGAGCGCUGCGGCCGCCAUGAAGCCGGCGGUGGACGAGAUGUUUCCUGAGGGUGCCGGUCCGUAUGUGGACCUGGACGAGGCAGGGGGAAGCACAGGGCUGCUGAUGGACCUGGCCGCCAACGAGAAGGCCGUGCACGCCGACUUCUUCAACGAUUUUGAAGAUCUGUUUGAUGACGAUGACAUCCAGUGAACUUAGUUGUGCUGCUGUGCUGAGAUGUGGAAUUUUCUCUGGGAUCGCCUGUGGUCUCCUUUAUUUAUUACAAUGAUUAGAACAGGAAAAUUUCGUAGGGGGUGAAAAAGAGGACUGUGAAAAGAUGCCUAGGGAAUGUGGAAGUCAGAUGGCUAAAAGUAACCGAGAACUGUGGACUGUUAUUUCUAGGAAGGUGUUUGUAGAUCUGUCUUAAAAUUGUAUUUGCUGACAUGCUAUUCAAAAAAAAAAAAAAAAAACCCGAAAAAAAACAAGGGAAAACCACCACCAACAAAAAAAAAACCCUAACAAAACCUGUGUUCUGAGUUGCUGAGUUGUUUCUUUGUUAUUAUUAUUUCUAUGAAGUCAUCCACUGUUACUCUUGGUUAUUAUGUUUCCUGUAUCAAUAUAUUUCUCUGCCUAGUGGUGUUCUGUUCAUCUCAGAGUAUGGGAUUAUCUGCUGCUAAGAUGAUUACUUUUUUCAGAAUGGGCUUUGACUCAUUGCACUAGGAAGAAUUGAGGGUUUUGUCCAGUUUCAAGAUUGAUGUUCUGCUACCAUCAGUGCUUUGUUUCAACCUAAGUAGCAGAGGAACAAAAAGUAGUUAUUUUAGCAUUUUUUUGAUUCAGGCUUUCAUUUUUAGAAAAGUAAUUGUAUGAUAUUGCACCUUCCAGUGAUCAAAAUGAUUCUCAGGAUGAAAGGAUCAGGGAGUUUUUAAUGUAUUAUUUCAAAAUCAAGAAUUCAGUCCUUUCUUCUCUUCUUAAAUUAAUUGUUUAGGAUUAAAGUAAGGUCUAAAUUCUAUACACUCAUCUCAGAAAUAAUCCUGUGACUGAUCUUUCCUUAAAGACUUAGUUAUCAAUGCUCCGAGUGAAAUUUAUGUGCUAAACUGUAUGAAAAAAUCAAAAAUGAAACCCUUUCUUUCCUUGCCUCUUUCAUAUGUUUUUGCCUUGUUUUUUUUUCCUCUUAAGAAAGAGGGGGUUAAAAGUAUUUAUUUUAGUUGCACAUUUGCUGGCUCUGGAGCAACGAUGGGAGCACAGUGAGUAAAUAGAACUGUGUGUCUUUUUAUUUUAUUCUUGUGGAUUUCUCGCCCUCUUCUGUUUCAUCCUCCAGAGCAGUUUAAAGCAGCAUUCUGGCAUUUAUUCUGCUUAGUGUCUGACAUCACAAAGUGACCCUCUGGGAAACAGGGUUGUGGAUGCAGUCUCCGUUUUCUUUUUUAGAUCUUGCUUUGCUUGAAGAGGGGAGGGAUUUCAAGCUUUCCUCACUGAAACCAAUCUAAACAUUGACUGCUUAGUGUUAGCAGUUUUGUUUGGACUAUUCCUGUCUCUGGUGCUGUGCUUCCCCUGAGCAAGGCUUUGGGAAGUGAGCUGUUACCAGUAAACAGACUCUGCGUUCUGAGCAAGUGCCAAAUGAGAAGAGAAGGCUUGAAGAUACAGCUGCUCCCUUUUGUGCUGGUUUGGCUGCAUGCAUCUGCUGAUGCUCAGAUUCUUCAUGAUAGUUGCCUUGAAGUACUGUUUUGCUUUUUUUUUUCUCCCCCUGCUUGCCUUGUUAAAUUUGAAUCAAGAAAGAAGUAAAUCUUCAAGUUUAAUGGGGUGAUUGGCAGGGUACACAUAUUGUUAGUCAUCUGGGAUAUGAAGUUAUCUCCAGUCCAGUGAGACUGGAAGGAGAGGCUGUGUGUGUAACUGUUUUUCUAAAGAAUUCUUAGAGUGUAGGAAUUCUCAUCAGGAACUGUAAUUUCUUUGGGUCCCUUUUGGGACAGUAUUAAAAUGGAAGGGUGACUUUGAAAAACAAAAUGCCCUUGAGCUUCGACUUGUUUCUUCUUGUCAAGUCUCUCGGUCUAAUUAGUGUGCAGGUAAUCAGCCUGCCAUCAGGAGAUAAUUAUGAGAUGCCAGUCUCUAAUAAAAAUGGAAAUGUUUGCCUGCCUGCA